AUGUCUCGGUUCAUCUUCACCAUGCGUCUUACCGUAGCAGAGGGCGCGAGGACGACGACGACCGCGCCACCGUCUUCUCGCGUCCGGGAGCUGCUUGUGCUUGACGAACAUCGUCCACCGUCUUCGCGCGUCCGGAAGCUGCUUGACGAACAGCGUCCACGGAAGAUGAUCGACAACAUGGCUCUGAUCAUCAUAGACCAGACGUACUCUGCCUUGCUCGAGAUCCUCGGGCCCGAGGCACCGCCUUCCGGCGACGGGCUCGUCCAGAUCAGCCGGCCCGUGGACCCCGCCGACCCUGAGUCGCCGGUGCUCAGCGUCAACGCCAGCGCCACGCACUGCUGCAUCAGCCUGACCGACAGCUUAUACGGCGGCGUCGACGGCCCAGAUUACGCGAACGCCACCUCGCCGAAGCAGAGCAGCAGCUCGCAGUACCGCCUCGCCCGCGCGACCAUCACCGCCUCGCCGGGCACGCUUCACCUGGCACGAGUCGACGGCGGGGGCUGGGGGGACUACUGGGCGUGCGCGGACGUUCAGCCGGCCGACGUCGCCAACAAGGGCUUGCUCGGGGUGCUGGAGACGAUCAAGGCGCGCCUGGACGCGGCGAUCCGGUUGGAGGACACGCUGCUCAGGAUGGCGAAGAGUAGCGGCUGCCGGAGCACCAAGAUCAGGGAGGUCAUCGAGGUGCGCGAGGCGUUAGAGAAGAUGAGAGCGGCGGUGGACCUCGACGCGAUCAUGCGCCGCCGCUGUCGCCGCCUCCUCAUCCAAGAGGAGAUCGCCUGCCGGCCGGAUGUGGAUCAGGCGUGCGACGCAGACGUGCUGGCCAAGAGGUUAAGCACACUGCACGUAGGGCAGAAACGCGGCUGCCCUGUCCAUGAGGUGAGCUACCACCGGCUGCCGGAGCCGGACGAUGCAGAGGUGCUGACCAAGAAGUUGAAGGCCCUGCACGUAUGA